CACCGUUUCGCUGUUUUGUUGUUGUUGUCGCUUUCCGGGGGGGUGGAAAAGUCUGGUUUUUUUUGCAAUCGGCGGGGAAUUUCCCCCCCGUCCUAAUUUUUUUUGCAAAGGGGCGGAGCCAAGAUUUUUUGGGGGAGUGGGGGGGGUUGAACCAGAUCUGGGUUGCAUUUUCCCUCUUUGCAAAGGGAGGGUUGCAUCAGUUUGCACCAUGGCGCUCAACAGGCUGUGGCUGAGGACCGGAUACGCCGCCGUCGGGACGUUGCUCGGCCUUUCGGCCUUCCUGUGCUGGACCAUCGCCUUCAGACAACCGGCCACUGCCGCCUUCGGGGGGCUCUCCGGAGUCCUGUCGUUCUGGUGCCUGAUCGCCCACAUCAUGUACGCGGAGGAUUACUGGCGGACGUGGCUCAGGGGUUUGCGGAUAUUCCUGGCGACCGGAAUCCUGUUCACCAUCGCCGCCAUCGUGGCGUUCGUCACCUUCCUCGCACUGGCCAUCUCCCAGCGUCAGAGGUUGACAGAUCCCACCAGUUUCUACCUGUCUGCGGUCUGGAGCUUUAUUACGUUGAAGUGGUCGGGAACGCUGAUCCUAUAUUCCCACCGAUACAUCCGGGAGUUCGCAGACAUCACUAUCCUCAGUGACUUCUAACCUCCCCAAGCCCCUUCCCCUCCAUCUCCCCGCUCCCCGAGUGUGUCUGACAGACUGGGAGGGGGGGAGGGAGACCGUGAGGUCUGCAGGAGAGAUGCUGAUACCCCACGGGGGGAGAGAGAGAGAGAUGGGGGUCUACGGGAGAGAGACUGAUACCCCACGGGGGAGAGAGAGAGAGAUGGGAGUCUACGGGAGAUACACUGAUACCCCACGGGGGAGAGAGAGAGAGAUGGGGGUCUACGGGAGAUACACUGAUACCCCACGGGGGAGAGAGAGAGAGAUGGGGGUCUACAGGAGAGAUACCAAUACCCAACGGGGGAGAGAGAGAGAUGGGAGUCUACGGGAGAUACACUGAUACCCCACGGGGGAGAGAGAGAGAGAUGGGGGUCUACGGGAGAUACACUGAUACCCCACGGGGGAGAGAGAGAGAGAUGGGGGUCCACGGGAGAUACACUGAUACCCCACGGGGGAGAGAGAGAGAGAUGGGGGUCUACGGGAGAUACACUGAUACCCCACGGGGGAGAGAGAGAGAGAUGGGGGUCUACGGGAGAUACACUGAUACCCCACGGGGGAGAGAGAGAGAGAUGGGGGUCUACAGGAGAGAUACCAAUACCCAACGGGGGAGAGAGAGAGAUGGGGGUCUACGGGAGAGACACUGAUACCCCACGGGGGAGAGAGAGAGAGAUGGGGGUCUACGGGAGAUACACUGAUACCCCACGGGGGAGAGAGAGAGAGAUGGGGGUCUACAGGAGAGAUACCAAUACCCAACGGGGGAGAGAGAGAGAUGGGGGUCUACGGGAGAGACACUGAUACCCAAUGGGAGAGAGAGAGAGAGAUGGGGGUCUACGGGAGAGACUGAUACCCAACGGGGGGGAGAGAGAGAGAGAUGGGGGUCUACGGGAGAGACUGAUACCCAACGGGGGGGAGAGAGAGAGAGAUGGGAGUCUACGGGAGAGACACUGAUUCCCAACGGGAGAGAGAGAGAGAGAUGAGGGUCUACGAGAGAGACACUGAUACCCAACGGGAGAGAGAGAGAGAGAGAUGGGGGUCUACGGGAGAGACACUGAUACCCAACGGGAGAGAGAGAGAGAGAGAUGGGGGUCUACGGGAGAGACACUGAUACCCAACGCGAGGGAGAGAGAGAGAGCGAUGGGGGUCUAUGGGAGAGACACUUAUACCCAACGGGAGAGAGAUGGGGGUCCACGGGAGAGACAUGAUACCCAACGGAAGGGCGGGAGAGACUAGAGGUUCUAUGGGUGAGAUACACACGUCCAACCAGAGACAGAGAGAGACAAGGGGGUCUACGGUAGAGCUAUGGAUGGUCUUUGUGGGAUCCUUCCUGUCCUUGUCUCUGGGUGGAUCAGGACUGUGACCUCCAACGCUGCCUCCCGGUGCUCUCUGACUCACGGCGUUCCACGGCUCGUCGGUGACCGAGCGAAGACAGCUCUGCCCGUCUCCUCCGUGCUAGCCCUCCAUGCGAGCGGGCCCAAUCCCGCUGUCUCGGCCCACUGGCCCUCGCCCCCCGACACACACACACUCCCCGAAAACUCCCGACUCAUCCGAGUCCCCACUCCGUCACUCUCUCUGGUGAAAUCUUCGCUUUCCCUCCUCUCUCUCUCUCUCUCCAAGACUUCACUCUCUCACAGAGAGAGAGAGAGAGAGAGAGAAAGAGACGCAAGGAGAUGGAAAGAGAGCAAAAGAGAUGGAGAGAUGAAAAGAGAGAGAGAUAGAGUGUGUAUGACUCCUGUCAGUCUGAUUGCUGACCGUGCGAUAGAGACUCUCGCACUCCCGCGCGCUCUCUCUCACUCACUCGCACUUACACCCGCGUACACACUCACGCUGUCUCUCUCCCUCUCUGUCUCUCACUCACUCACGCUCUCACUCUCUCUCUUACGCUCUCUCACUCACACGCGCUCACUCUCAUGCUCUCUCUCUCACUCUUAUGCUCUCUCACAUUCACUCACUCUCACGCGCUGUCUCUCUCACGCUCUCACUCACUCUCAUGCUCUCUCUCACUCACUCUUACACUCACACUUACUCUCACGCGCUCUUUCACUCACACACGCUCACUCUCAUGCGCUCUCUCUCACUCACUCUCACAUACUCUCUUACUCACACAUCGUCUCUCUCUCUCGUUCCCUCACUCACACUCACACACACGCGGUCACGGUCUGUCUGUCUCGGUCCCCCUCGUUCGGUAACAGUUGUGUCGCGAAUGUCCUGUGAUGUAGAAAUGAGCCUCUGAUUUUCACAAUAAAACACUUCCUUUC